AUAGCAUGGGUCCAGCCCAAAAGAAGUACGCAGAAUAUGUGCUGUUUUUUAGCCCAGACGACUUGUUCUAACAAACUCAGAAUAUGUGCCCAACUACCAGGCGCUGCCGGGCGGCAUGGGCGUGGGGUGGUUCGCGCGGUCCAGCACCUUCCGCGCCGGCGGCCACCGCUGGCACAUCCAGCUCUACCCGGACGGCUGCAGCAAGCACUGCGCCGGCAGCACCUCCGCCUUCCUCGUCUGCGUCCUCGGCCUCGGCGAACGACACGCGCCGGAAGUGCGCACAAGGUUCUCCCUGAACGUCCUGCCGCAGAAAGAACAAGAACAAGAAGGGCGCCCGGAAGCGAGGAGCGAUAAACUGACCGACUUCCCCGUGAAAGACGGCAUCUUUUCCCCGACCGCGGACAACAAGGAGUUCGAUUACGGCUACCCCGUCUUCUUCCACAACUCCAAGCUGGUGCCGUCCAAGCACCUCGACGACGACGGCUGCCUGACGGUGCGCUGCGUGCUCACCGUCGUCAAGAACAAGAAGACGACUCGCGUCAGGGUCAAGAAGAGCGCCGUCGUGGCUCCUCCCCCGAAGCCGGAUCUCCAGGAGCAGCUUGCACGGAUGCUGAAGGACGGGGAAGGAGCAGAUGUUACUUUCAGCGUGGGUGGCCGGCUGUUCCCUGCACACAAAUGCUUGCUGGCAGCACGGUCUCCGGUUUUCAGGGCGAAGCUGUUCGGCCCGACGAAAGAGGAUUCUUCGACGCGUUGCGUCCAGAUCGAUGACGUCGAGCCGGCGAUCUUCGAGGCGCUUCUUCACUUCUUGUACACGGAUUGCAUGACUGAGGAGUACAAGGAAGGGGAGACUGAGAAUUUGCAGCAUUUGCUGGUCGCCGCGGACCGGUUUGGAGUGGACAGGCUGCGGGUGCUGUGCGAAGGCAGGCUGUGUAAUAGCAUCAACAAGAGGAGUGUCGCGACUACGCUGGUUCUUGCGGAGCAGCAUGGCUGCAAGGCUCUUAGGAAAGCUUGCAUCAAGUUUAUGGCCCGAUCACGGGCGACGCUGAGAGCUGUCAGCGAGACCGAGGGGUACAGCCAUCUCGUUGCGAGCUGUCCUAAUCUCGUGCUGGAGAUUCUUUCGGUGGUAGGUAAAUUGCCCGUCAGCGAGACGGCUGUGGUGAUUAAGCCAGCCUCGAGAUCUGUCGACGCAUUCUCGCGGAGGUUGCGGUAGGAGUAGCCGAAUAGGAUGUACGCGUGUAACUUAAAAAAUAUGAGUGGUAUGUGCGUAUUUAUGAGCGACUGUGUUUGUAUUGGGUUUCUAAUAAAAUAAAUUGGAUCAUGUGUGGUUAUUUGUGUUAGCAUGGAUCAAUGAUUUGUUUUAUGAAUAAACUCGUGCGAUUAUCCAAAUU